AUGCAGAUCGCGCGUGUCGAGCAGUCAACAGCAAGUCUGACCAACCCAACCUCGACACUGUCGUUCCACCUCGGCCGCUCAGACGCUCGCCGGCGAUGCGAGUCUCAACCCCCGCACCACCGCGACCGGACCCUCGCCAACGCGAGCCUCACCAUCGUAGGACCAGACGGCACGCUGUACGCCGGCAGCGCGGACGUGACCCUGUCGCCGGGGAAGACGGUCGUCGUGAGCGUCGAUGUUGCCCCGGCCCCGACGUCCACCACGACCAUCACAGUCACGGCGAGCGCGCAGCCGCUUCCCUCCACCACGGGAGCAGGGGGACAGGGCACCACCCCCGCCAUUCUGGGGGGUACGCUCGGCGGUCUCCUCGCCCUCGCGCUCCUCGCCAUCGCCAUGCUCCUCCUCUUUCGCCACCGUCGCCGCCCCACCCCGCGGCAAGGCGACGAAACAGCCUUCUCCAUCGAGAGCGUCCGCACCACCGGCACCACCGAAGAGCGCGUCGAGCCGUUCCUCGAUCGCAGGGUGAGCUUCCUGACGACGCGCGCGAGGGGGUCAAACUCGGGCGAGUGGGAGCGGAGCCAUAUCGCACUGUCGACCAUCUCGUCCAGCUCGGCCGUGCCGGAGGAAGACUCGGCGCCGUCGCCCGCGCCGACGGCCAAACGCCCGCGCGCAGCGCCCGCGCCAAGCCAGCGAUACCCGCCCGCGCCCGCGUCGCACCCCAACCCCAACUCUCAUACGAGCCCCAAACGCGCGCUCCGCGCCGACGGCAGACUCCCGAUCUACGCCGCGUACGGCGCGCCGCUGGCGGUCCGCAACCCCACCGAGGCGGUCGCCGAGGCCCUCGUCGCAAGGGAGGCGGACGACGCAGCGCCGCCAUCGUCGCCGCUGCGCGCGCCGCGCCCGCCUGGGAUGGAGCGCACGGCGAGCGCGUCGAGCAUGGCCACGAGCCUGGCCACGAGCCUGGCCACGACGCUCGUGUAG